UGGAUUUUAGUAAGACAUGGUCUGAAGAGAAAAGGAUGAUGGUUGGUAGGCUAAUGUUAUUAUCUGUUGCAGUACAUGGCAUACAUCAUGGCUCUAGGAUCCCUCUUUCAAGUGCUAAAAGGGUGUUUGAUCCAGAUGGUUUUGAAAAACAUCCUUGGGGUCGAGUGGCUUUUAGUUGCUUAGUUAAUUCAGUCAAGAUUGUUGACUUAGAUAAAGACUCUUACACGGUACAAGGAUGUGUGCAUGCUUUGUUGAUUUGGUUGUAUGAGAGUGUGCCUGACAUUGGAGAACUAUAUGGGCUGAGAAGGUCUUCGAGUACUGGCAUUCCACUUCUUGAUUGGCAAUCAACCCGGAAAGGUAUCAAGAUUGAUGAAUUCAUAAAGAAUGAGAUGGCUAAACAUGGACAGGUGCGUGUAAAGCACAUGGUUCAUGUGUCGGAGGAAAAUAUGUAUCCUGAAUGGAGUGACGACGUGGAGAAGGAUCCGGCGGUAGACAACUUGAUUACUGAUCUUGUCCACAAUAGUUUACUAGAAGAUGUUUGGAAAGUUGUGAAAACAGUGCCCAUGGGAAAAAAUAAACGGAAAGCUAAAGUAAAUGAGAAUGGCGAGAGUCGAAGGAGUAACAAGAAAUUGAAAAUGAAAGAUGGUUUCUCCAUUGAUGAAGAAGGAGAAAAAGAUGUAACCAAGAAGGAAAGUAAAGGCAAGGAACACAUGGAGGAUGUUGAAGAUGAGAGAAAAAGCUUGUUGGAUAUUUGGAGGAUGAUAGAAAAAAUGAAUGAGUCAAUUAGCGACUUGGACAAGAAUUUAAUCAGUAGGAUGGAUGCAUUAGAAGGUAAAUUUGAAGCUUUUGUUGAGAAGAGAAUGGGUGUGUUAGAUGAGAAGCUUAGUGAUAGGAUUAGAAUGGUGGAGGUAGAUUUGAAAGGAAUGAAAGAAACAAAACCCACUAAUCUCCCGGUUGAUUCGACUUCAAACAACAAUGAAGAGGAUGAGGCUCAUAGACCUUCGUCAUCUGGUAUCACACACCGGAAUUGCUUGAAAAAUCAGUCCCAUGCUAUUGGAAAUAUCUGAAAAUUGCCAUCUUAAGUUGUUGCCGUCAGAAGUGUCCCUUUGUAUUUUCCUUGUAAAAAUGUACCAUCAACAACCAACACUUUCCUCAUGAAAGGAAAUCCAUUCAAGCUUG